CUGCGCGUCGCCGCCAAGGGCCCAGGUGGAGGCCAUGGAGCCAGCCGCGCCGCCAAGCUCGGUGUCGGCGGACGGCCGGAACCGGAAGGCGGUGCUGUGCCAGCGCUGCGGCUCCCGCGUGCUGCAGCCGGGCACGGCGCUCUUCUCCCGCCGGCAGCUCUGCCUAUCCCCCAUGAGGAAGAAGCCGGCGCUGGCCGAGGGCGGCCGUUCUGAGGGCGACCUUCUGCAGGAGCACUGGCUGGUGGAGGACAUGUUCACUUUCGAGAACGUGGGCUUCACCAAGGACGUGGGCAACAUCAAGUUCCUGGUCUGCGCAGACUGUGAGAUCGGCCCCAUCGGCUGGCACUGCCUGGACGACAAGAACAGUUUCUAUGUGGCCUUGGAACGGGUUUCCCAUGAGUGACUGAGGGGGGGGACUCAGCUCCACCCCCACUAUAAAAGCU